UUUUUGACAACAUAACCUCGAGUGACAGCUCUGACUGGCUAGUUUGGAUUUCAGAUACGCUUUGUGAAAUUGUUAUUUCUUGUGAUUCUCAUCUUAUUUGUGUAGUUAUUAUAUUUUAAACUUGAAAAAUGGAGCUAUCAGCUGAGGGUAAAACUCCAGAAUACAUGGCCCUAGCUGGCAUUAAGUUCAAGCUGACUUUGCCUGACUUAAAAAAUGAUGCACAGCUACGGGAGCAACUAUUUCAAGGAAUAAAGGCUGGAAAUAUGGCUCCCUAUUACAAGGAGGUUUGUGCUGAGUUAGGCUGGCCAUUUGAUCAGAAGUUAUAUGAUGCUAUGGCUAAAGAGAAUCAAGAACGAUUAUCUAAAUUUGAGGAGGAUGAUUCCGAGACGCCAGUUUGGCAGGACAGAUUAGACUACAUGUGUUCUAUUGGCGACAAAGAGGGAGCAACGGCUUUGGCUACUUCUAAAUAUGAAGAUUCCACAUUAACCACCAACAGAAGACUUGAUGCUAUAUUUGCGUUAUUCAGAAUUGCCUAUUUCCAUGGCUGCAAUGUGAAGGAUAUGGGAAAAGCUAUUAAUAAGGCCCAUGAGCUGGUUGACAAAGGUGGAGAUUGGCGUUCAAGGAACAAGCUGAAAGCCUAUGAAGCUAUCUACUGCCUGGCUGUCAGAGACUACAGCAAAGCUGCAGACCUCUUCAUUGACUGUGUCUCCACUUUUGAGUCUUAUGAAUUAGUUGAUUUUGGCACAAUAAUCCAAUAUUGCGUGCUAGCGUGCGCUCUAGCGCUGGAACGGCACGCGCUGCAAGCGGCGCUGCGGCGGCAGGGCGCUGCCGUGCAGGCGCUGCGCUCGCGCUUCCCCGAGCUGCGGGAGCUCGUCGAGUCGCUGCACGAGUGCCGAUACGCGGACUUCAUGAAGAGCUUGGCCUGGGUGGAGACCCAAAUCUGCGUGGACCCGGUGUUCCGCCCCCACUACCAGCACUACGUGCGCGAGGCCCGCAUCAAGGCAUACGUGCAGCUGCUACGCGCUUACCGCUCGCUGAGUCUCGACAACAUCGCAGCCACCUUUGGCGUAACCCGCGAGUUUGUUGAGGAGGAAAUCUCCAACUUCACGGCGGCGGGGCGGCUGCAGUGCCGCAUCGACGCGGUGGCGGGCUGCGUGGUGACGGGCGCGGGGCGCGGCGCCGACGCGGACCGCUCGCAGCUGUACCAGGCCACCAUCCGCGAGGGCGACCUGCUGCUCAACCGCGUCAAGAAGCUCGCCAGCGUCAUCAACUUCUAGAUCUAUCUGCCGUGCGCGGGCUCACACCCGCCCGCCCACAUGUACUGCUCACAACUUCUCGUUGUUAUUCUGUCCCAUUGGCCGGGAGAAAUUCGUGAGACGGUUUGUUAGAAUAAAUGAGACAUUCUACUGGCACGCUUAGUAAAUGGUCUAUAAUGGAAUGGGCUCCGAACUGCCCCAAAUCAGAUGCAUCAUCCAUACACUUUUUCCACGCAUGUUACGGAGUGAGAGAUUCGCGUUUUGCGUUAGCUCAGCGUGAUUUACGUUUAUUCUUCACAAGUCUCUUACUAAACCAGUAUCUGUUCUUACUUUACAUGUUAAAGGGCAUUAUACAAUUAAGCCAGAAAUAGUGAAUCUGUUUUCCUUUCUUAUAAACCGUCUCUCAUAUCUAGAUCCUCAAGUAGUAUAACCAAAUGUAAUGAAAUGAGGGUUUGUACCAUUUUGAAUAUUUAUAUUGAAACAAUACUUACCUACUCCUAUUAUUGCAACUCUAGCACCAACAAGGCGAAAUGCGACAUUAAUGACGCAUAUUUUAGCAGCAAUCUGAUUAUUUACCUAGUUAAAGUAAUAAGUUGAAUUGUAUUGAAAUUAUUUUAUAAACAUCUCUAAAUAAAAUUAUGAUAAGAAA